CGUGCGAGAAACCGCCGUGGGAACGAACGAGGCAAUGGCGUCUGGGUCAUCCGGUUCCGGCGCCGCCGCCGACCUCACCGUCCUCGUCGACGACUUCUACUUCUCUGUGCUCUCCCACGGCCGGAACGAUGGGGACAUCGACGACGACGAGCUCUUUCCGAUAUCCGACGAGAAGUACGCCUCCGAGCUGCAGCUCCAGGAGGUGAUAAUGUCGUCGUCCGCCGUCGUCGUGGCAGACGCGGACGCGGCCAGCUCCUCUCGUCGGCCUAUGAGGCCCGUCAUUGAGGGCCAGGACGUGGUCGUCAAAGGCAACUACUCGUACGCUGCGUCGUCGUCUCGGUCGUCGACCUCGACCCCCUCCGCGGCCGCCGCGGCGGCGACGCUCGUGUUCUGCAAGAUCUGCAUGGACUCCGUGCCGCCGUCCGACGCGCACCGCGCGUGCCGUGGGUGCGAGCACGCCUUCUGCGCCGACUGUCUCGCCGGCUACAUCGGCGCCAAGAUCCAGGACAGGAUCGCCGACGUCAGGUGCCCCGAGGAGCGGUGCCGCGGCGUGCUCGACCCGGAGCUCUGCCAGGGCAUCAUCCCACGCGAGGUGUUCGAGCGGUGGGGCGCGGCGCUAUGCGAGGCCAUGGUGCUCGUCGCCAGGCGGGCCUACUGCCCCUUCAGGGACUGCUCGGCGAUGAUGCUGGACGACGCCGACGGCGGCGGGGACGCCAUCACGGAGUCGGAGUGCCCGAGCUGCAGGCGCCUCUUCUGCGCGCGCUGCGCCGUGCCGUGGCACGUCGGCCUCGACUGCGCGGCGUACAAGAAGCUCGGGAAGGGGGACAGGGGCAAGGAGGACCUGCUGCUGCUGCAGAUGGCCGAAGGGAGGAGGUGUAAGAGGUGCCCCAAGUGCAAGUACUUCGUGGAGAAGUCGCAAGGUUGCCUCCACAUUACCUGCAGGUGUGGCUUUGAGUUCUGCUAUGGCUGUGGAGGGAAGUGGGGUGCUACUCAUUCUAGUUGCAGCACAUCAUAAGAUGCGAAAAUUGGGUCUCUCACUACUCUUGUUUGUAACGCAUGGAUUAAUUUCGCGAGUAUCUCAACAAAUUUAAAGAUUUUAUGGAAAUUUAGCGGUUCAAUUUCUGGGGAGUGCUUACUUAUUAUCUUGUUUUCGGUUUGGAGUAAAAAUGAAGGAUCAAGUUACAAGGAAUCAAUUGAUUUUUGGAAUUGAAGCAUAGGAAAGCCAAAGUAAAUUUUAUAUUUGUAUAAGCUGUUUUGAGAAAAAACAUACUAGAAAAUUUCACAUCCACUCAAACCUAUUGAAAAAAAUUAUAUGCAUUGAUUUUGUGCAUGUGUAUAUAUCCUUCCUCCAAAGAGAACAAGCCCCCAUGUAUCCUAAUGUUGUGUUCUGAAAGAAUCACUCUCCUCAU